UAUAUUGUAUUCUGAAACCCCACAAAUCAAAAGUUUUUAUUGCCGAAUGGUCUGUCAGUAAAGGCGGGAAAGUUAAAAAUAUAUAAACAUUUCAAGAUACCAAAACAAUGUAAAAUAGGAAUAUUGUGGUACUAAAGCUAUGGAAAUACCGUUGAGUUCGGAAAAAAACGUGAAAUUAGUAAGCACAAGGCUUAUAUGCGAUUAUAUACAACUUCUACUUUACCAACGAUGUCAAAUACCUGAACCUGUUCAAUUAAUACGACGCAAACUGCAAAAGAAAUCGUCUAAAGAUAUUGGAAAUGGUGAUAAGAAUUGGUUAAAAAAGAAAAAAGAAACAGCAGAACUUAAAAAGUGUGAAGAAAUUUUACAAUCGAUUGAUAAAAUUGCUCAAUUUGUGAAACUUGCCGUUGAAUGUAAUGCGGUUGAAGCUCUCGUUCUAUUUGGUUCCACACCUUUCUCAACGAAGGAUAUGUUUUCAAUAACAAUAAGAAAGUCUGGAGAAUACUUGUCACAAUCCUGUGAGACAUUCAAGGUUCCAACUUUGGAUUCAUUCUCUCGAAGACUUUGUUUUAAAAUGGUGCAGUCUGGGUUGGACAUGCAAGGAAAAUCAAUAUUAACUAAAACCCAUUUCUUUAUCAAAUGCGAAAAAACUGCAGCGGAUUGUGGUCUUGUACCUUGGCCUAAUUAUGUGUACCCUGAGAAAAAAAUGGUUCACCAGUUUAAUAUUAACUUUUGUAGCUCUAUAUUGCCUCCUUGUGACAUAGAUGGUGCAAUCGCAACUUACGCUGGGAAACUUAAGCUUGAAUGCGACAAAGAAAACAGCGUCGUUUUUUACAAGCGAGAAAAAUCUAAAACUAAUAAGGAUUUAGAUAAAACUACAACCACACCAAACUCCAACGCUACAAAAACUGCCGUGUCAUCAAACUGCUCUAAUUGUGACUCAUUAAAAACUAACUGUUCAGAAUCUAAACAUUUCUCGUUAAAAUCAUCUAACAUUCGUUCUAAAGCUCUCAAUUUAUCAACCGAAGAAAUUCUUGAAGCUGUUUUAUCAACCGACAGUUUAGAUUGUGACAGUGAUAAUAGUGAUUGUGAUGUCAUAGACAUUGUGCCAAAUUUAAAAGAAUUAAUGUGGUUUCAAAUUCCAAUUGCAAUAAAGGGGUUUAAAUAUGAGUAAACUUAUUUGUACAUUUAUUAUAAACAUGUCCAAUACACAAAUGUGUUUUAAGACCGUUUAAUCAAUUAUUACAGUAGUGUGGGGGAACAUGGGACACCUUUUCAUUCUAUUUUUUGUCUCAUUUGGUAGUAAAGAAAAAACAUUCAAAGAAUUAUAAAACUGUAUCCUUACGACUUACAUAGACCAUUGUUAAUUGUUUAAAACACAAUCAGAAUAUUUGAAUACUAUGUGAUAAAUGUGUCCCAUCUUACCCCACAGCACUAUAUGUUUGUAAGUAUUGUAUAUCUGUUUAAAUAAUUUUACUAAAACAUAUUUUUUUUGUAAAAAUUGUUUGUUUUGGAAUUUUACUAUGUUUUUUUCUUGUGCCGUUUUAUUUUAGUGGUUUAUUUAGGUAAGUAAGUAAGAUAUACACAGAACAAACAUUUA